GACAUAACGCAGAAGAAAGCGCCGGCGCUGCCCCUCUUCUGGCGGUGCAUGAUGGUCGCUGCACCGGUGCUACCUGCUGAUUUGUGUCCUGUUGUUGUCCUCCCGGCUCUUCCAGUGUCCCUGUGAUGGUGAAGAAGAGAACCACCGGCCGCCGUGCUUCACACGACAGCUAGCCUCCUGGGAGGCGAGUCCCAAUGCCAUGGCCUCCAGCCACAGCUCCUCCCCAGUGCCUCGUCCUGGAAGUGGAGGCCGAGAUGGGAUCUACCGUAAGGACCGGGAUCCCUCCCCUCCUCGCUGUCGGACCAUCCGCUCCCUGCCUGAUGUCUGUCCCAAGGAGCCCACCGGUGAGGUGCGAGGCCUGUGCAACGGACCGUCCGUUGUGGCGGAGCAUGACCGGUGGACGGUGUUCAGCUCAAAAGUCAACCUCCCAGCUGCUCUGAACGACCCACGGCUCGCCAAACGAGAGUCUGACUUUUUCACCAAAACAUGGGGGCUGGACUUUGCAGAAACCGAGGUGAUGCCCUCCUUCUACCUCCCCAACAUCACCAGGGAAGACUUCGGGCCCUACCUCCAGGAGAUGUCUCAGAGGGAACGAAUCCACGAACGCUGCAAGACGAUCUGUCCUAACAAAGACGACGUGGACGCCGUCUCAAGUAUCACCACCAACCACGACAAAUCCAGAGCUGAGCUGGAACAAGUCCCAAAGAUUUUUAUGAAGCCAGACUUUGCCCUGGAGGACCCGGCCACCUUCAACAACGUCCUGCCCUGGUCCCACUUUAACAGCGCCGGUGGAAAGAGCAGCAGAGACGUGGCUUCCUCCAAACUGCUGCAGGAGAAGCUGAGCCACUACCUGGACGUGGUUGAGGUGAGCAUUGCUCGACAGAUCUCGCUGCGCUCAGAGGCCUUUUUCCACGCCAUGUCCUCACAGCACGAGCUGCAGGACCGGCUGCAGGAGACGCAGCGGGCUGUGGCUGUGCUGCGGGGCCGGACGGCGGCCAUGGACCGGGUCAUGUGCCAGGGGCCUCUCCAGGCCCUCCGCAAAGCAAUGACUUGCAACAACUGCGUGAAGCUGCACAACAAGCUGAAGCUGAUGGCGGCGGUGCAUCAGACGCAGCCCACCGUGCAGCUGCUGCUCUCUACCUCCGAGUUCGUUGGAGCACUGGAGCUCAUCGCCACCACCAAGGAGGUGCUGCAGCAGGAGCUGCAGGGAAUACACAGCUUCAGACAUCUGGGCUCCCAGCUGUGUGAGCUGGAGAAGCUGAUCGAUAAGAUGAUGGUGGAGGACUUCAGCAUGUAUUCGCGCAGCGAGCUGAGCCGGAGUCUGAAGGACGAGCCACAGGUCCUAGAGAAGGAGCGUCUGGAGUCGCUGGUGUUUGGUCUGUUGAGACAAAGGAAGCUGGACUUUCUGGAUAUUUACAGCGAUGAGAUGAUCCUGGCUGCUAAGGCCAUCGUCACACAGUGUGUGGCAGACAGUGUCGUGCACAUUGAAGAAAUUGACACCGAAGUCGUCAUUAAACAAGCUGACCAGAUGCGUCUGAUGACGUUCCCUCAGUGGUUUGAGCUGCUGAAAAACAUCUUUGAGAGCUUCCUUCUCUUCCUACAGAGAAUCAAGGCCACGCUGAACAUCAUCAGAAAUGUGGUUCUGGAGGUUCUGAACGCAAACCAGAGGAACCGGCUCCUGGAGCAGGCCAGUUCAGGGGCAUCAGGCCAAGAGGCUUCCCAGAGCCCGUCGGUCCUGCAGGGGGAGGCUGAGCUGGCCUACCUCACCCACGAGGGUCUGUUCAUCAGCGACGCCCUGAACGAGGCCCAGCAGCAGGCGGCGCUGGCGGCCCAGGAUCAGAGCUCCACGGUGGGCUCCAGGAUCCAGCAGGGCCGCCUGGAGACUGCAGGCAGCGACUCGACAUCUGGAGCCUCAGAGAUGUCGGCCAGCAGAGAGCAGAGCAUCAUGUCAGGGGAAAACAUGAUGCCCACUGAGCUGGAGCUGAACCGUGUGGUCAACAACGUCCAGGAGCUGCUGUACACCGCCUCCGACGUCAGCCACGACCGCUGUGUCAAAGUUCUCACAGCCAGAGCCAAGGACGGCUCUCUGGAGCGCCUGAGCUCGGCCGAGUUUGUGUGUCUGUCGCAGGCGGUGGAGGGUUUUGUCCGAGACACAGAGGAGCUGUGCGGCAGGAGAAGCGUCUCCCUGAGGGGGGCGCUGCAGAGCCAGGCCAACCGCUUCGUCCACCGCUUCCACGAAGAACGCAAGACCAAACUGAGCCUCCUCCUGGACAAUGAGCGCUGGAAGCAGGCAGAGGUUCCUGCAGAGUUUCAGGAUCUGGUGAACUCCAUCGCUGAUGGAAAAAUAACACUACCAGAGCGCAAAGCCACAGGUCCAGAUGAGAAGAAACCUGCUGAGUUUCUGCUCGUUAACGGGCAGAAAUACGCAGUCGUUGGGACGGUUCUGCUGCUGAUCCGGAUCUUUCUGGAAUACUGUCAGUGCGUCAACGACAUCCCAUCCAUCGCCACCGACAUGCUCACACGUCUGUCGGACCUCCUCAAGCACUUCAACUCUCGGAGCUGCCAGUUGGUUCUGGGAGCCGGAGCUCUGCAGGUGGUCGGCCUGAAGACCAUCACCACCAAAAACCUUGCGUUGGCGUCCCGCUGUCUGCAGCUGGUGGUUCACUACAUUCCCAUCAUCAGAGCUCAUUUUGAGACCAAACUGCAGCCCAAACAGUUCAGUGUCCUCAGACACUUUGAUCACAUCACCAAGGACUAUAAUGAUCACAUAGCAGAGAUCUCUGCUAAACUGGUGGCCAUCAUGGACAGUCUGUUUGAGAAGGUUUUAUCAAAGUAUGAAGUGAAAGCUCCGAUGCCCUCAGCCUGCUUCAGAAACGUCUGUAAGCAGAUGGCAAAGAUGCACGAAGCCAUUUCUGAACUCUUACCUGAAGAACAGACACAGAUGUUGUUUCUAAGGAUCAACGCCAGCUUUAAAAUGCACCUGAAGAGGCAGCUGGCUCGACUCGGGGUCAUUAACGACGGAGGACCACAGCACGGGCUGGUGGUGGUGGACGUGGCCUUCUACACGGAGAACGUCCAGGCGCUGAAGAGCCUCGAGAGACUCGACCUGAACAUGGCUGAGAUCUGGGAGCAGAAGAGGUGAUGCAGGACGGAGUCUGGACGUCCAGGACUGACCGACCCGGCGACGGGGGCCGACCUCAGGGGCCGACCUCAGGGGCCGACGGCGGCCGGCCGACAGUGGAGGAGGCCCAGAGGGACCAAAAACACAAAACUGGGAGAAGAACAGCAGCAGCAGCAUGACGGAGCUCCAACAGCUUCACAGACUUGAUAAAGUUCCACUCCUAAAAUCUGCUGUCACCUCAUGUCACUGUGUGCAAUCAGACAGAAAUAUAGUAAAUUAUUAGACGGUUUUAGAGCAGCGCUGCAGGGGGUGGAGGUGUGGAGGGAUAAUUUAUUUUUCUGACUUCUGGAGAAACAUUCUAUACUGUGGCUGACUUUUCUUUUUUCUUGGGGCUGGGAUGUUGAAGCUGAAGGGAUUUUUAUGGCCUACACUGAAAACGAGCUUUUAUGUCGCUGAUUUCAUGAACUUUAGGGAAACUUCACAGAUGAAGAUAGAAAGUUCAAGGGAUAAAAUGAUUCAGUCUGAAAAGAUGAUUUUCCUUUUUACUGCUCCAAAAGAAUCUACAAGGUUCCUGUUUUCCAAAUCACUCCGAUCAGAACACGGACUUUUUUAUACUCGGAACAAAGAUGUUUUUCAGACUCGUGUUGAACCCUGGAGGAGCAGCUGAGAGAAACGUCUCACUGAAGAGUUGAUUUCCUUUAAUAUUUGAAACAAACCGAUCACAGCUGUCAGCUACAUCCUGACGUUUCCAAAGUGAAGCGGUUUCUAAUCUAGGACUUCAACUCCUCAGUUCCGUUUCCCUCCUAAACAGUCGGUCUUGCUCCAGAUCUCCUUCAGGUUCAGUCUUGGUGACGAUCAGACGAUCAUUUCAGUAUCGGAGAGAGUUUGCAGAACGUGAAGCAUGAAUAUCGGCUGCUCUCCUCGUUCCUUCUGCUGUGGUUUGAUUUCAUCUGCAUGAGCUUCUAGUUUCAUCUAAAGCUGAAACAACAGAACGGAACAGAAAAUCUGAUUUAUUUCAUUGGUGUCUCAAUAGAAUAAUCCCAACACAUGAAGACAAAGCUGCAAGAAUCAAACAUCCAAACUGGUUUUAAAACACUUUUCAUAGACGGACACGGAGCUUUAGGGGUUUGGAGAGGAGGUUAAACCGUUCAGUUGUCUUCAGAUUUGACGGUAUUCUAACGCUUCAGAGCUUGUGAUUGGCAUUCCAACUUUAUAAAUUUGCACAAAAUCCAUUUUUAAAAUUAAUUUUCCUUCAAACUGUUGUGCAGGACUUUACAUUGACGCCGGUAAACUGUGUGGAGUUCAGAGUUGACCUGCAGCCUGUCCUGUUCCUCUGCUGAUUGGGACACCUUCACAGCUCUCCUCACUGCAGAUUUUUCUACAAACGUUAGAUUUUCUGUUCCGACCUGAAGUUCAGCCGCUCUGCCAAACAAAAUGAAAAAAACAGAUGCGUUCACGUCCGUCUCUGCUCCAGUGUGAACACUACAGUCCUGUUCCAGCAUCCGACUCCCAGCAGACAGCUGCUCUCCUGGUUUGUGCUUUUAUUUCACAGGUUUUAACCAGAGAACAGCUGCUCGUUUUUUCAUGAUGCUUUUCUGGAAAAAUGCUAAAUCACCCCUCAUUAGUGUCCCCACGUAACGGAUGAAUCUAAUGACCGCAGGUUGAAGCGAGUGAGGUGGAGGUGUGACGUGAUGCAGCUGAACAAAGUAUGAACGAUCAUCACCGUCUGCUUCAGAAGUGCCUCCUGUUGACGGACGGUCAGACGACACAUCUACAGUGUGCCUACUACCGGUGUGUGUGUGUGUGUGUGUGUGUGUGUGUGUGUGUGUGUGUGUGUGUGUGUGUGUGUGUGUGUGUGUGUGUGUGUGUGUGUGUGUGUGUGUGUGUGUGUGUCCAAAGUAUGUUGAAUCCUUCAAACCUGCUGUGAAUAAAACAGGAUGACGGAGCGA